AUGAGCGCCCGCGAGCGCGAGAGCGCGGCGAGCACGGCGUCGAGAGAUGAGUUCUUCGCCACCGCGUCGUGGACCGCGAACGAGAGCCAGCGGUACGAGCUCCUGGAGGUGAUCGGCAAGGGGUCGUACGGCGUCGUGUGCGCGGCGAUCGAUCGAGAGAGUGGACAAAAGGUUGCGAUAAAAAAGGUUCGAAACGCGUUCGAUCACGCGAGCGAUGCGACGCGGAUCCUGCGAGAGGUGACGCUGCUGCGACACCUGAAACAUCCGGACAUUGUGGAGGUGUUGAACAUCAUGUUGCCGCCGAAUCCGAGGGAAUUUAACGAGGUGUUCAUCGUGUUCGAGCUCAUGGGGACGGAUUUGCAUCAGGUGAUCAAGGCGAACGAUGACUUGACGGAUGAGCAUCAUCAGUUUUUCCUGUAUCAGUUGCUCAGGGGGUUGAAGUACAUGCACAGCGCGAAUGUGUUUCAUCGAGACUUGAAGCCAAAAAAUAUCUUGGCGAACAGCGACUGUAAGCUCAAGAUUUGUGAUUUCGGGCUCGCGCGGGCGAUGACGGCGAAGACGGGACCGCAGAUGAUUUUCUGGACCGACUACGUGGCGACCAGAUGGUAUCGCGCGCCCGAACUCUGCGGGAGCUUCUUCACCAAGUACACGCCAGCCAUCGAUAUUUGGGGCGUCGGGUGCAUAUUCGCGGAGCUUCUACGAGGUCGACCUCUGUUUCCGGGGAAGAACGUCGUGAAGCAGUUGGAGCUCAUCACAGAUUUGCUCGGGACGCCGACGCCGCUGCAAAUCGCGAAAGUGCGCAACGAAAAGGCGAGACGUUUCCUGCAGCAAAUGCGUAUUAAACCGGCGACGCCGCUGUCGGAAAAAUUUCCCGGUGUCGACAGCAAGGCGCUUAAUUUACUCGAAAAACUUUUGGCGUUCGACCCGGACGAUCGCCCGACCGCGGCGCAGGCGCUGGCAGAUCCGUAUUUCGAAGGGUUGGCGGAUGUCUCGAGAGAACCGUCGCGCCAUCCGCUCCCAAAGUCAGUCUUCGCCUGGGACCAACGAAAGUUGAGUCGCGAAGAGGUUCGAGAGCUUUUGUACGAAGAGAUCCUCCACUAUCAUCCUCAGGCGAAGCGCGAGUACGAUGGGAGCGAAAAGAAGAGUGGGUUCGACUAUCCCAGCGGUAUCGCAGACAUGUCUCGCAAGUUUGAUUCGCUCGAGCAGGGUGGUCCAGAGGCGAAGUUCCAAACGUCUAAAUCGCUGCCAAAGCACGCGGUUGGCGAGUAUCGAGACAAAGCGGCGCAAUUCGCCGGAGGCAUCGACGCGUUGUCACGUUCAGAUAGCGUCAAACCCGGCGGCUCGCCUGGACUCGCUCGCAUGGACUCGGACGACGUCGAGUACGAAGAACCUCAAACAGACGAUGUCGACAGAUUCGAUCUCGCUGAGGUCGUUCAGGCGAUGUCUCUCGAUGCCGAAGACGCGAGGGCGCUCAAGAUGGAGGCCGAGGCGCUCUUGGAAGAAGGCGGCGAAAUCGCGGGUUGA